AUGCAGAAAGAGAGCAUCCCACCAGACAAAGAAGCUGCUGUGGGAGCUAGAAGCAAGCGGGCAGAGGGGAAUCCAGCAGCGUGUGCUCUUGGCCUGCUAGAGCAAGCAAGGGCAGAGCAGGAAGAAGAAUUCAUCAGUAACACGCUGUUCAAGAAGAUUCAGGCUCUGCAGAAGGAAAAAGAAACACUUGCGGUAAACUAUGAAAAGGAAGAGGAAUUUCUCACAAAUGAGCUCUCAAGAAAACUGAUGCAGCUACAACAUGAGAAAGCUGAGCUGGAGCAGCAUCUAGAGCAGGAACAGGAAUUUCAAGUGAACAAACUGAUGAAGAAGAUUAAAAAACUGGAAAAUGAUACCAUUUCUAAACAGCUCACCCUGGAACAGCUAAGACGUGAGAAGAUUGACCUUGAAAAUACUUUGGAGCAAGAGCAAGAAGCACUAGUGAAUCGUCUCUGGAAGAGGAUGGACAAGCUCGAAGCAGAAAAACGAAUUUUGCAGGAGAAAUUAGACCAGCCAGUAUCUGCUCCACCGUCACCCAGAGACAUAUCAAUGGAGAUAGAUUCCCCGGAAAAUAUGAUGAGACAUAUCAGAUUCUUAAAGAAUGAAGUGGAGAGGUUAAAGAAACAACUGAGGGCUGCACAGUUACAGCAUUCGGAGAAGAUGGCACAGUAUUUAGAAGAGGAGCGACAUAUGAGGGAAGAAAACUUGAGGCUUCAAAGAAAAUUACAGAGGGAAAUGGAGCGUAGGGAAGCACUCUGCAGGCAACUGUCAGAAAGCGAAUCCAGCUUGGAAAUGGACGAUGAAAGAUAUUUUAAUGAGAUGUCUGCACAAGGAUUAAGACCUCGCACUGUGUCCAGUCCUAUCCCUUAUACACCCUCACCAAGUUCUAGCAGACCUAUAUCACCUGGUCUGUCAUAUGCAAGUCACACAGUUGGUUUCACACCACCAACUUCACUGACUAGAGCUGGAAUGUCUUACUACAAUUCCCCAGGCCUUCAUGUGCAACAUAUGGGUCCAUCCCAUGGUAUUACAAGGCCUUCACCACGAAGAAGUAACAGCCCUGACAAAUUUAAACGUCCCACUCCUCCUCCUUCUCCAAACACGCAGACCCCCGUGCAGCCACCUCCGCCACCACCUCCUCCACCUGUGCAGCCUACGGUCCAAUCCGCAGCAUCGCAGUCAGCCACUUUUCAACAUUCAGUGCAUCCCUCCUCUCAGCCUUAGUGCAUGUGCUCAGCAGUCUGUAUGUCAGAAUUGGACUCAUAACAUGGAGCAGUUUACUAAAGCCAAAGGCUUACUUGGCAUAUUUGGAUUUGACUUAUUUGCACUGAGGUUAUAUAGGCUUCACUGUUAAUUGUGUUGUAAACGUUUGUAUAAAAAUGCAGCCAGUGUUGUGGGUCUACAACACUAACUUAACAAAAAUUUCCAUCAGUGUUUACUUGAAUUACAUGUAUGUCCAUUCUCUGGCUGGAACAUUUGCAACUCUGUUUGGUAAUACGGCAUUAUGUCGUUUUGCUUGGCUCCAAAGCUUCAUUUUCCUGGCUUCUAGGUUUGUAAAAUUAAAGGGAUACCUUUCUAUAUUUUUUCAUGACAAUUUGCAUAAAGUGAAAGGCAUGAUGGGCUAUCUGAUAAAUUCUGAAACAUUACAGUGUUUUACCAAGCUUGUGGAAAAUUAGCACUACGUUUCAGUCAUUUGAAAUAACAGCUUCUAGCGCAAAAGUGAGUCAGUCACCCUAAUCAGUGCCCAAGACACAUACUCUAUUGUAUUACAUAGUAAAUAAGCUUAAUUCAGCACACAGGACACAUCCAUACUUCUGUUUAAAAACACCUCAAACGUAUGGUGCAGUCUGAAUUUUAAGGAGAGGGAGCUGACUUGCUGGAGUAUAUGGAAUGUACAACUUGUGGACCUUAAGAUUUGAUUAUUUCACUUGACGUUUACAUUAACCUGUAAGCUGUCCAUACGGUGUGAUCUGUCACAGUUAACUUAGAGCUCUAAGUGUGGUCCUGCCCACAGGUUACUGAUAGCUGAUUGAAGUGUGCUCUUUGAUUUUUUUGCUGCAGAAGGCAACAUGAUUGUAGAAAACAGCUGAUUAUUUUUUUUUCCUUGUUAAAAUAUAUUAAUUGUGAUUUCCCUAAAACAAAGAUUGAACAAGUAUUUGAAAUGUUCAAGUCUGUUAGAUAAUAAGAUAUACAAUGAGCAUAUAGGAAUAUAUUGGCAUAACAGCCAAAAAUGUUGUAUUACUUGGUAGAAACAGAGUACAAGAAAGUAGCACAACAUGGCACUAAUGAAUGCUUAUUUAGCAGCCUAAGCCGGUACAAUGUAUAAAGAAAUGUGUUUCAAAUACAUUCUUUGCAUUCAUUUAGCACAAAUAAAUUGUUUGGUUUCACUUUGCAGUGGAACAAAGUGUCACUUCUUGGUAUUGACAUCUUGCUCAGUUUUAUUUUUCCUGAGGUUCCUGUUGAGUACUGAGGUUUAUAUAUUAUUGAUGAUUUCAAGUGGUUUACCUCAUCUAUACGGAUAUGUGGGCCAUGGAAAAUGACAAGAGAAUGUUUAUUUUAUGAGAAUAUGUAUCUGGCUAUAAUCAGAGCAGAACGUGAGUAAUUUAUCUUUUGUUUACAAAAAUUUGUUUGACAUGCCUAAUGCUUUAUUAAGGACACUUUUAAGAAGGAAGUACAGCAUUCUGGUAGUAUAGUAAGACUUGUACGUAUAUUUUCCAUGUUUGCCACUCAACUAUUCAGUAAGAGUUGGAGGCUGAAUAUCUAUAAAAUCAUUGCUCUGAAUCAAAGUAGUAAGUUAAAACAGUGUUGUUAAAGGUUCAGCUUAAGGCAAAACUAGAAUUUAUUCACUGUAUCUAUGUAGUUUCGGCUCAUAGAGAAUUUAGAGAAAUGCAUACCUAGCCUAUUACACUUGUUAAACCAGUAUGGGAUCAAGUGCAUUAUCAAAUUACUUUGGUUAUGACAGUGACUUUCUGAUAAAGUGAUACUCGAGAUUGUGGCAGAUCUACAAUUCAACCAGUGCUUCUAUCUGAAAAUAACUGCCCGUGGCAGGUGCUCAUUUUUCCACAGAGGAAAUGCAGCUGUGAGCAUUGCAAUUAAACACAGCUCCUGAAUUGGUGAUAGGAUUGCAUGUGAGAAGAUGACAGGCAGUCAGAGGUGAGACUAAGGUCAAGAUAGGUAGGAUUGGUUUUGUAAGCGGAAGACAAAUAAAAAAUAUAUAUUCUUUUAUAAGCAGGAUUCCAGCUAGAUCAUAUCACUGUUAAAAAUGGUGUCCUCCUUUCUGAAGUGCUUUGAGAUUUUUGGCCGUAUGGCUCUAUGGAGUGUGAGCCAAUAGUAGUACUAGUAUAAAUGCUGGGGGUGGGGGAAGGCCUUUGAUAAUGUUGUAUAAAGACCUUAAAAUAGAAAUUUGCCUCGAAUAACAUUUGAUGCAUAUUCCAAAACUGAAUUUGUGUAACUCAAGUUCAGCUGCUGUUAUGAAGUGUCUUAGUGAAUUCUCCAUACUAUUCCAAUGGAACUGUUACCAGAUGAAAGUAAAGAACUGCCAAAUGUAUACUAAAUCCUGAAAAUGUAACAAGCCACUAAAUUGGCCUUACCUAAUUAAGAACGUUGAACAAACUUGUGCUUGCAAUCAGAAGUGUUAAACUCUAUUUGUAGACUUUUUGAAGAAGAAAAGGAAUUGUGCACAACCAUGUCCUAAUAAAUGUAAAUGGAUUUUCAGUUUUCCUUGUGAAUUAUAGUCGUGAAUUAUCAUUCUGCAAUGGUGAUUUUGUGAGAAUCUCCCACAGGCUAGAGAAACUCCUUUGACAGAGAGGUCUGGCUUAGCUUCUUUAUUUUAUCUUAGAAGCAUCUGGGUAGGUUUCUGCUGUUGUCAUCAUUUCUGAUGCCUGUGGGUUACACGAUGCAUCAUCGCGAGUUGUGCAAGGUCACAGAAGCGACUUUUAGCCGUGAUGAACAUUUUGUGAGUGUGCCUGUUUAUAGCUAAAGGUUUAAAAUAAAUAAAUAAAUCUUGUGGCUGUUUCAGCAGUACUUACUUCUCUGACAACCAAACAGCUUUCUUUUUUACUUUUUCUCUCAAGGGAUCUGGUUUCGACACUGGAAUGCAGCUGAUCUCUGUAGAGCAUUGAGUUCAUUUUAUCCAGAAUUUGUUCCAGAGGAGUUCUUUGGAAGAAGAGAUGGGAUUGUUCGGAGAUAGUCUUCCAGCUAAAAGCCAGAUAAGAUUGUUUUAAUUAUAUCUUAUCCUCUAAGAGCAUAUUCCCAAGGCCAAAAAGGAUUAUCAGAGAUUCCCAAGAAAGUAAUGCUCAAUCAAAUACAGUAAGGUCUGUCUUGCUUGCUGUACCAGAGCUAAACAGGACUCCCUGUCCUGUUAAAAUGCUCAGGUUCACGAAUCCAUGUGUCUGAGUGGAACUUCUGUGCACUUCAACUGAAUGAAAAGUACAGUCUUGGAAGCAACUAAAAUGUUGGAGCUUCCUGGAAUCUGUGCAAGCUGCACUGUUAACAGGAGACCAUUUAGACUCCAUGUAUUUUGUUAAAUAUGGAAGCUGGAAGCUGACCAUGGAGCCUUGGCUGGUUUUGGCUUGCAAAGGUCACAAUCUUUCAUUCUCAAUAUUGGUUAUUGCUUACUAAGAGGAUGCAUCCAGGGACCUCUUUAAAGUCUUAUAGUGGUUUGGUUUGUUUGUUUGUUUGUUUUUUUCCCCUCUAAUGUUUAGUUUUACAAGCAGUAUAAGUUCUGAUACUAUUCCAUUUUUUUUUCAAUGCUUCCUUUGUUUUAGUCAUAGCAGAUUUUUUCUUUUUGAUCUGUGGGAAUCUACAGAGUAUGAACUAUGCAGAGCAUAUUUCUCCGGUUCAAGCCAUCUCAUAAAGAACCAGAAGGUUUAUUAGUGUAAGCUAUGAAAUCUUGAUACAUGUGUACGUUGCAACAACCUCCCUUAAGGGGAAGGAACUGCCCUUUUCAAGGGAGGGAAAACAAGGCCCAUAAGUUCCAAAUGAACUGUAUUCAUAGAGACAAUCUGGUUUCCUCAGUUCUCAAAUGAAGUGAAUUUCCCUCCCCGUCUUUUUUGGAUUUGAACUAGAUUUGUUGAUUUUUAUUUUUCUGUAUUUUUUUUUAAUUCUGUGUUUCACUGUAAUAAGUACUCAGGAUAUCUUUGUAUUCUCUUUGGAUAAAAACCACUAGUCCCAGUACAAACAGAGGUUAAGAGACAUUGCCACUUUGUGGAUUGGAGAAAGUCACUCAGUGUGCCAUCAUGUGGCCUUUAUGAUUCAGUCUUAGUUCAAGUGGGAUUAUAUGCUCAUAAUAUGACUUCUCUUUUAAGAAGCUAUUCCUGUGCUUGCAUUAGUAAUGUGCCCUGAAGAAGAGGGGGAAAAUGCAGAGAUUUGGUGCUGCAUUAAUAAGACAGCUGCUACAGUAGGGAGAAUAAUCUUUGUUCCUUUCCUGUUCAACUAGUUGGGCUCCAAAGAAAAGUACUACCUCGUCUUUAUGUUGGGAUGAUGUGGCUGCAGAGUCAGAAGAAAUGUAGCUAUGCUAGGUUUUUUUCGGCGUAUAUUACCCAGACAGGAGUCUUUCCUCACUGCAGCUGGGCUCCAAAGGUUAUAAAGCUUUUGUAGAUGAGGAGUGGAGAGUUGGCCAGACGUUGAGGUUGAGAAAACUGCGUGUUCCUGUAGUAAGUUGCUGCUCAGAGUACUCUUUGGCUAGGCCUGAACCACAACAUUUUUCAAAGAGCUGUGUUGCAGUUGUUUUUGUUUGUUUGUUUGUUUGUUUUUUAAGUUCUUGGUGCUGGUAUCUAAUUAAAAAAAUAAAUAAUAAAAAAAAGUGAUUCCCCUUUCCACAGAAAUAUUGGAAAUAGUGUUCUACUUGCAAAGGUGAGUUUUCUCACUAUAUGAAUUAAUAUUGUAUCUGUAAACAAAGGCAUUUUAUUCUAGUGGUAAAGCCUAAGCUGUCCAAGGCACUUUAGUUUGUGAUUGCUGACUUUUGUUUUGGCAGGUGUUUCAGAUGAAAUCUAAGCCUCCUGUGGAGGAAGAAAAAAAUCACCUGACAGAUGUAGACUGUUCCUUUCCUGCAGAAAUUCAGCAAUUUCCUCAAAUGCAAGUAAAAGUGGAACUAACAUCCUUGAGCUUUUCUGAAGCUUAUAUUUAAUUUCAGUACAUCGGUGAUUGCUCUUAAGUGUUAAGGGAAUCUCUGAAGCCUCAUUCUAGGUUGGAUGCGUGUCUAAUUGGUUAUUCCUUUGUUUUCCUGGUCCUAGGGAAGGAAGCCUGUUCAAAUUUGGAUCCAAUUUAUAAAUACACCAGUCAAUAACAACAGUCAAAGUGCAGAUUUGUUGAGUGUGAAUCCAAGUGGUGACUUAAAAACAUUACACUGUGUUGGUGUGAAUCAGAUCUUAUAAUUGAAAGAACCUCAGAUACAAAAGUUUGUUGUUGUUUUUUUUUAACAGGUUACAUUUUAUUCCUGUAUUAGCUGUAUUACUGCUUUGUUGUAUAUCUCAACGUGUUUACAUAUAUUUGUAAUUGUUACAAUGUGUCUGUAAUCAAGCUCAUCUGUGCCUUCAUGCAGACUUCCAAUAAACACUUGAUUUUUUUUGUA